GAAAGGGCAAAUUCUCUAUAGAUCAUAAAAGAACCUUUUAUUUUUAUUUUUAUUUUUGGUUUUAAAAUAAUUAUUAACAACAGAGAGCACAAUAACAUGCAUUUCACUUGCAAUUCCCUGUUAGGAUUCUCCAAUGAAUCUGUUAAAAACCAAGUAGCUGUAAUAGCUAAUUAAGCCAACCUUUUUUGGACAGCUACUAAUGUUUAAUUAAGUACCUUCUAAUUCUAUGUAAUGAUAAUCACAAUGUGGAGAUUACUUCAAUGCUUGUACCUCUCCAUGCAAACCUCCAAAGCAUUUCAUCUCUACAUUGGUAUAAUAAUAAUGAUAAUAAUAAAAAUAAAAAAAUAAAGACUAAGCCAUUAUAUCUCUAUGUUUCCAAGAAACAAGUUCUUGAUAUCUUUCUUGUCCAAGCUAUGAAUUAUACAUUUCAAGAAAACUUUUCUCUUCCGUCGGGGUUAAGACCAGAUGAAUCUUCUCCAGAAUGGAACAGCAAAGCAGACAAUGCAUGGCAACUCACAGCAACGACAAUGGUCUGCUUACAAAGUGUUCCUGGCCUUGUGAUUCUUUAUGGAAGCAUGGUGAAGAAGAAAUGGGCCGUCAACUCUGCAUUUAUGGCUUUCUAUGCAUUUGCAGCUGUCCUUGUUUGUUGGGUCUUAUGGGGUCAUCACAUGUCUUUUGGUACCAAGAUUAGUCCACUUGUAGGGAAGCCUAAUGUUGCACUUCCUCAACAUUUUGUACUGUCUCGAUCUAAGUUGGGUCAUGUCCCUAUGGCUGAUUAUGUGCUUUAUCAGUUUGCUUUUGCUGCCAUUACUGUUAUUUUGCUAGCUGGAUCUUUACUUGGGAGGAUGAACAUCUAUGCUUGGAUGCUUUUUGUUCCUUUAUGGCUUACCUUUAGUUACACUGUUGGGGCUUUCAGUAUUUGGGGUGGAGGAUUUCUUGAAAAGCACAUUAUUGAUUAUGCAGGAGGCUAUGUGAUUCAUCUGUCUUCUGGUGUGGCUGGUUUCACUGCUGCUUAUUGGGUAGGACCCAGGCAUUCACAUGAUAGGCAGCACUUCCCACCCAAUAACAUAAUUCACAUGUUAGGGGGUGCAGGAUUUCUAUGGCUAGGGUGGACAGGGUUCAAUGGUGGGUCUCCAUUUGCUGCUGGGCUGGUGGCAUCACUGGCUGUUGUCAAUACUCACCUCUGCACUGCCACCAGCCUCUUGGUCUGGGUUUCCUUUGACAUGAUUGUUUACAAGAAAAGCUCUGUCAUUGGUGCUGUCCAAGGGAUGAUCACUGGCCUAGUCUGCAUCACUCCUGGCGCAGGAAUAGUAGAGCCAUGGGCAGCAUUCUUGAUGGGAGGAAUGUCUGGUUCAGUGACGUGGUACACCAUGAUGGUAUUGCACAGGAGAUCUGCAUUCUUCCAAAGUGUGGAUGAUACAUUGGCAGUCUUUCACACGCAUGCUGUGGCUGGCCUUCUUGGAGGGAUUCUGUCCGGCCUCUUUGCUAAGCCCUCCCUUCUGAUGAUGAUGUAUCCACAGAGCACCUAUGGCACAGGGUUGUUCUAUAGCUUGACAAAUGGAAGACACCAAGAUGGCCUUAAACAAAUGGUCUCCCAAAUCGAAGGAGCAGCUUUUGUUACUGCUUGGAAUGUGGUUCUAACGAGCUUGAUAUGUAUCCUUAUAAGUCGCAUUGUUGAUCUUAGGCUUCCACAAGAUCACCUGGAAAUAGGUGAUGAUGCUGUGCAUGGUGAAGAAGCUUAUGCACUAUGGGGUGAUGGAGAAAGAAUGCCGAAUCUGUAUCGACGACUGCAUCCGAAGCUUCCUUCCUGGUGCGGAGCUUGACAUCGACCCUGAACUCGAAUCUGUAAUGGGUAUCUAAUAAGUUCCAGCUGAUGCUCUUAACAAUGUGGUAAUAGUCGUUACUGCAGUAUAUUGAUGC